AUGCGACGCGUCGCGUUCGCCCGUCGCGCGCUCGCGGCGCUCGCGCCGUCGCGCCCGCCGCGGCCGCAUCGCCCGUGGGUCGCGCUCGCGGCGCGAGGAGAGACGCCUCCGUCCUCGCUCAUCGCGCCCUCGCUCCCCCACGAAUGGCGGUGCAGCUCGCGAAUUCGACCUCAGAACGCCCCUCACACGCGCGGAUUCGCCGCCGCCGCGUCGGCGUCGCGCGACGGCGGCGACGGCGACGGCGACGACGCGAAGACCCCACCAAAGCCGGCGCGACCCUUCGCCGGGUGGAUCCCGUGGGGGGGGUACUCCAAGGUCGCCACUCGCGCGGAGGACGACUUAUACGACGCGGAAGGAGAGUCGGAGUGGUGGUCGCGACCGAGGCGCGCGUCUGAGAACGCCCCUGAGCAACGCGAUCGCGCGUAUACGUCGUCGUCGCCGCUGCGAGCCGCCCUCCUCGGCGCGAAGAAAUGGAACGCGCUCCUCGACGUCAUCGCGAACGCCGCGACGAAAGGGCGUCGCGAAUACGCCGACGCCGACGCGUCGUCGACGAUCGCGAUCGAGCCCAAGGACGUCGCGAUCGCGACGUCGCGCCUGUACCGCCUCCUCCGCGCGAUCGUCCCGGCCGCGAAGGGCGCGGAGAUCUUACGCGCGCGCGUCCUCGGCGACGUCUACCAGCGCGAGGAGCGGACGCGCGAGGAGCGCGCGCGGCGGCGGCGGCGGCGGGGAGGGGGCGCGGCGCCGCCGCCGCGCGAGUGGCGACCGCCAGACCUCGCGCGCAUCGACGCGCGGUGGCUCGCGCUGCGCGACCUCGUCCGCGACGCCGCGAGCGCAUUCAACGCGCAGGAGACGUGCAGCGUGACGCGCGCGCUCGGCGAGCUCGAGCGAUUCGAGAGGGACGCGGGCAACCUCAGCGGCGUGUUCGACGGCGUGUUCGCGCCGGUGCCAGUUGACGUGGGUGCCGUUUCAUCUUCCGCGACCCUAAGCGGCGACGGUGAGAAGGGCGCUCCUCCUAAGCUCGCGAAGCCGUGCGCGGAUGGGAUCGCGCGGUCGCAUCAGGUGCGUUCUAUACAAACGUUUUUCACCCAUCCUUCGGUUUCAACAUUUGAUCGCGUCCCCUUUCAACUGACCGAUGAACUAUUUUUGUAUGGAAUGGCCCUCUCAGCCGGAGCUGCUCGCGAGGCCGCUCGCGGCGGCCGUCGCGCGCGUGUGCGCCGACGCGCGCGCGGACGAUGUGAGGGAGGAGAUCAACGGCAAGCAGCUCAUCAUGCUGACCACCGGGUUGCGGAAGUUGAAGCACGUCCGAACCGCGAUCGACGAGCGGAACGACGACACGUGGCGUUCCAUCGCGCGGCGCGUGCUCGACGCGGCGAACGCCGCGGAGACGCGCGGGCCGGCGCGGUGGAGCGGCGGCGGCGCGUGGAAGGGCGGCGCGCGGAACACGGUGCGGUCGCGGCUCGAGUCGUAUGGGCAAUCAGUCGAGGAGGGCGAGCGCACGGCUGGCGGCGUCCCGGAGACCGCGGCGCUUCUCGCGGCGAACCUCGCGCACGUGCCGCAACUUCGCGACGCGCUCGACGACGACGCGCGGUGAGACUGCUUCCCAUACGACCCCGUUCGCGAUGUGAACGCCGUUCCUUAAGGACUUUUCCCGUCGUCGCUCUUCACCCGCGUUUCCCUUUCAACGUACGUUUGACCGGUAAGACGUUCGACUGA